GGGCUGUGUGAGGAUGCAGCCCCGUUGCUGUGACGCAGACAGGUCUAGCUCACACCCGUUACUCCCCGGCUUCCCAGAGCGCCCCCACCGGCCAUCUACAGCCAACGCUGGCUGACACGCCUUUCUCAAUAACGCGCUUGCUCCGUACUGAGCGGAAACCAUAAGCAGCUGCAGCCGAGCGGUUCCCGUGGGUCACUCGCGAAAUGAGCGCCGUGAAAAAGCAGACGGUCCGUGCGAGCGUGCAGCCUGCAGCGCGCCGCAAGGCGGCCACAAACGGUAAGUGCAGCCACGCGGAACGUUCAACGGCUUCCAAACUGCUGUUGGAAAAACGGUUGGAACGGGCUUGCGAAAACACACAGACACGCGCGCGCUCUGAUUGGCUGGAGACAAGUGUCUACACUGUGUGCGCGCGUUCCAGCUGCAUCGUUUGUGUGUGUUGGCGCCGUUUGACGUGACGUAAGCCGUUUCUCCUGUAAGCGGGCGGUGUUCCAGCGGCUGCCGUCCAAUAGAAGAGCAGCACGUGCAGCCCAGCGCCCACUGCACGUCAAACGCUGUUGGCUGCGUGUGGGUUUCGUUGUGAGUGUUGUCAUCAUUCACUAACACCGAAACAUCGUGUCAUAGAUUGACAUGGGCAGCCCAGUCAUUGGGAAAGCGGGCUGUUUGUAGCGUUGUUGGCUGGAAUACAAAUUAAAUGUAUGGGCUACAUGUGACAACAUGUCAUUUUGAGCAACGCAUACCAACAAAAACAUAAUCUUCCUCAUGUGUCUGCAAACAGUUCUUUAUUGCCACAGCAAUGACAAAACUGUAUAUACCAUUUAAAUCUACCAUUUUUGUGCAUAUAAGACUUAUUUUGCCAAUGUUAAUUUGAGGACUGCCUAAAAUCCUGGUCAUGAAAUAUUGAGGGGAAAACUGUCAAAUUGUUAAACCUAUAAGAUUUCAGUGUAAAGAUAUUAUAGAUGUAAAAUUCACAUUUUAUUUGUAAAAUGUAAUCUAUUUCCACUACAGCACAUACGGUGGCUUCCUGAAUAGAAGGUUAUAAAAAUAAAAUACUCAGUGACGUAAUUAACCUUUCAAGCAGGGCUUGACAAACUUGGUUUGGAAUAUGGAAUAAAGGAGCCAGCUAAAAGAGUUAGGAGCCAGGUUUUUCAACGUCAAAAAUAAAAUUUUUAAAGGGUCACUAUAGUCACCAGAACCACUACAGCUUAGUUGUUCUGAAGUCUAUAUCUUGUGCACAGUUUCAAUGUAAAAACUGACUUUUCAAAGAAGGACUUAAGCUCCUCCUUUGGUCAAAGAAAGUAAAGCAUAGGGAAAAUACAUAAGACAAGUAGUUACUAAUUUGUCUUAUGAUUUAAAGAAAACUAGAUCAGAAAUAAAGAAAAGAAGAACAGAUUCUGAAAGAGAAGAGUUAAUAAUGGGAGAAAGGUAAGUUCACAGUGACAUUGCUGCUUUAAUUUUCUGGAUCACAACUACCAACUCUGGUCGUGAUGCAAGGGAUUGCCAAAAAUUGGGUUAUUUCAAGGGCACUUAGAUUUGUUGCUACCCUCAGAUACAGUGCGGCUUUCUGAGCUCCUCCUGGAUGAUGUUAUGGUUGGAGUCCGAUCACCAGAAAGCUCGCUUAGGGUCUUCAUCUGACGCAAUAAGUGUCUUUCUAUCAGACAUGUCAAAUGAGUCUCUCUCUUCUAAAUCACGCGUAGGCCUAAGUGUAGUAACGAGCCAUGGUGACUUUUUAAGGGAUAAAAUAUUUUUUUCCCUGCCUGCCUAACACAUACUUUCUCAAUUCACACUCCCUAAACCCACUUCCACCCACAGAACCCUACACCCAAAAAGAAAAAUGAACAACUUCUUGCAUAAUAAAAUGCUGCGAUUAGUACUAAAGGGUGAUUAAAAUUUUUUUUAAUUUUUUUUAACCUAAAGUGGGGUAAAAUAUAGGUUAGGGAAGGUAAAAUAAAAUAAUCUGCCACACUAUGCAGUGAUCUGAGUGCAGGAAGAGGUUAACAAAAACUAUAAAGGGUUAAAAGGUCAACGUACACACUAGUGCAGGCUUAUCCAAACUCUGGCGCUCCAGAUGUUGCUGAACUACAACUUCCAUGAUUCUAUGAAUGAAAUAGAUUGGCUGAGAGCUCAUGGGAGUUGUAGUUCAGCAACAUCUGGAGGGCCGGAGUUCGGGGAAGCCUGCACUAGUGUGUUGAUCACUCUGGUCUCAACAAUUUUUAUUUUUAAACGCACACUAACACUUGGAACGCUGCCAGCAAUAAACUUUCUGCCACUAUCGCCUUAGAUCAAAGUGAGGGAAAAGAGAGGCAGAAUACAAUGUCACAUCCCACGAUUUGUAUCAAUGAUCACAGUAACAGGCUGUCACUGUGAUCACCUGAUACUGAUUGGCUGCUGUGGAACUGCCUGUGUUGCCAGGCGGUCCCCCCGAUCAGAUAUGAUGAGAUGUAUAAAAUUUGGGGAGGAGGGGAGACAUUAGGACAGGUCAUUUCACCCUAACGUUGUUAAAGGGGAACUCCAGUGCCAGGAAAACAAUCCGUUUUCCUGGCACUGCAGGUCUCCUCUCCCUCCCACCUCCCAAUCCCCGGUUGCUGAAGGGGUGAAAACCCCUUCAGUCACUUACCAGAGGCAGCGACAUGUCCCACGUCACUGCUUCUUCCUCCGCCGCCGCUCCUCCUCUGCAUCACAUCGGCCGGUGGGCGAGACUGAUCCCGCCCGCAGACCGGGGAGACCUAAUGCGCAUGCGCGGCAGGCAUUAGAACUCCCCACAGGAAAUGCUUUUCAAUGCUUUCCUAUGAGGAUAUAAUAAUUUUAGAACAUUUUUGCUGUAGAAAAGUUUUUGCAGGCACACAUCCAAAUAACUUGGAUAAAUGGAAUUAAGUUACCAAAAAUGCAAAUAUUGCACAAAUAUAGGACCUCAAGCUACAUAACUUAUCCAUAUUUCAUGAAUUACUUCUCCAAAAACAUUUUUGUAAAAUAAAUCUAAUUUAAAUAAUAAAAAAAUCCUUUCUAAAUAAAUAAAAAACAAAACAACAAAACAUUGAUUUUUAUUCAUCCCAAACGCUUUUUAUCGCUCAAUAAAAUAGGGGAUCACUGUUAGCCCAUUAAAUUUUUCUUAAUUCAGGUCAAGAGAAGGCUAAAUGAAAAUGGCGACACCUGCUGUCCAUUAAAUGUUUUCUUGCUAAAAUCUCAGACAGACUUGGAAAAACAUGCAUAGGCACAGCCCAAAAUUGGGACCUGCCACUGCUUUGUGGUUGUCAAACUCCGCAUUAGACCAUCCAUGCAAGAGAUUUGAAAACAUGCUGCUCCACUGCAGUAGAAUACAGUAAACGUCAGUGUGUAACUGUAAAACUCAGAGUAAUGUGAUUUACCAACUGCAUUCUCCCUUCCAGCAGUCAAACAAAUCAGAGAGAGUGUGGAUGUUGUUUUCAUGCAAUCCUUCUGCACACAAGCCCCACAAACCAGAUACAUUAGCCUAGCAUUCUUUAUCUGUCCUGCGGGCCAUAUUAUUGACACCAUUGCCCUAGAAAUUUCUGUUCCCUUGUCAGUUCUCCUCAAUUCUUUUUUAAGUGAGUCUUACUGCCAGCGUGUGUCUAAAGUCGGGGUAUGCCCUUUCUAUCUGCUGCUAUGGCUUUCUCUCUGGUAUUUGCUGUUUUAUUGUCUGUUGAAACAAUUUUGCCAUUAUUUUUCUCUGUAGAACUGUACAGAUAUGUUAGCAAGAGCCUGUAACUCAGGGUCGGCGCCCCUAUAGGCCGAUUAGGCGGCCGUCUAGGGCGUUAUGUAAGGGGGGGCGCUGGCAGCAGCUUUACUGUUGGUUUGGGCAGCCCCUUUAUAUGGGUCAAAUUCUGUAUUGCGUGCCACAGGUGAUGGCACCGGUUACUAGGGAACACUUACAUGGCUGCAGACUAGCACCCUGUGCCAUCAACCUCACCCAGCCAGAAUCACAGCGAACCCCGCCCUACACACGUCAUAUGCUGCAGUGCACGGGCGCAUCAUACAAUCGGGGUCAAGUGGACGGGUGUACAACAAAGGGCGGAGCUUAAAGAGAAUCAAGGCAGCCAGUCCUGGUCUGGGACCCACGGAGAGACCAUAGGAAAUAAAGGCAAGUGGGGGACUUCUGUUGUGUAUCCGUGUGUGUGUGUUUCAGUCAGUGUGUCUGUUUAUGGUUAGAUCAGUGUGUGUGUAUGCUUGGGCCAGUAUGUGUGUGUAUGUCAUUCUACACGAGUUAGUGUAUGUCUGGAGUCAGUGUGUGGGUCACUCUGCGUGAGUCCGUGAAUUUGUAUGUGCAUUGGUCACUGAUUGUGAUUGUGUGGGCCAUUAAUUGUGAGUGAGUGAAUGCGUGUGUGUGUGUAUAUGUAUGUAUCAGUGAUUGUAUUUGGGCAAAAAGGCUAAUUUUAAUAAAAAUAAAAUUAAAAUCAAUACUUUUAAAGGAACACUACAGUGUUAAGUAUAUAUACCUGUAUUCUGAAUACUAUUGUAUCUCUGUCCCUACAUAGAUCCAAAUUCACCCCCACCAUAAAAAUGAUUUAAAAAAAAAAAAAAAAGUGUGGGGGGGUUACUUACAUUUAUCAAUCACCAAGACUCCCUCUGCACUGUUUACCUCCUUAACUCACUCAAUGUCACUAAUGGGGAAAUGUUGGCUCAAUCCAAUGUUCCUCAGGCAGGAGCAUUGGGGACCUGAUGCGAAUAAGCGGCAAGUGCUAUGCACUUCCAGCGCUUGUCAUAGUUACAUUGCAUUGUAGCGGAGGUGUCUCUAGUAGCUUUCAGUGUGACAGCUACUAGAGUCUUGUUUAAAGCGGCACUGUCAUGCCGAACUUACCUUUCCUCAAUCUCUUCCUCUUCUCCCCCUCUCUCGGGAUCUGUUCUUCUUUUCUUCCUGUCUUCUUUAGUUUUCUUUAAAAUCAUAAGACAAAGUAGGGACUCUUUGCCUUAUGGAGGUUUCCUCCGCUUGACCAGCGGAGGAGCAAAGUGUGCUUCAUUUCCGCUGGUCAGAGCAAUUUUCCCAUAAUUCUUACCUUUCCUCUGUGAUCUCGCGAUGCUUCCUGUCAUUUUAGACGAAACUGCCAAAUUGCGUUCUAACAAUGAGAACAGUAUGUUUGUUUCUUUUAGAACUCAAUUCGGCACUUUGUUCGUAUCGGAAUUUCAUUCGAAUGAAUGAAACUCCGAUUCAAUUUGUGCCACAGCUGCAUCUUGCAGCCGCUUAGUAGAUAACUCCUUAAUUCCCAUGGUAUUAGGGAGUUAUCUUCCAAAAGGUUGAAAGACGUGAAUUAGUCUUUCAGCCAAAUUUACUAGUACUAUUAUAGUAAUAUUAGUAAAUGAUCUGUCCCUACUCGCUAUACCGCGAAUAGGGGCAUGUCUAUUAAACAGUGGCUGCUCACUGUAAAAAAACAAACAAACAAAAAAAAACCUAUUGGACCCCACCCCUAAGCAGUGGGUGGGGGCCAUAAAUUACAAUGGGGGGACCUACUGUCCUCGCCCCCACCCCUGCGUGGUGGGUGGGGGUCAUAAAUUACAAUAGGGAAACACCUACUGUUCCCCCCCUGGCCCCCACCCCUGCACGGUGGGUGGGUGCCAUAAAUUACAAUGGUGGGGAGACCUACUGUUCUCCCCCCCGGCCCCCACCCUUGAGCGGUGGGUGGGGACCAUAAAUUACAAUGGGGGGGACCUACUGUCCUCCCCCCCCCCCCAGGCCCCCACCCUGGCGCGGUGGGUGGGGGCCAUAAAUUACAAUGGUGGGGAGACCUACUGUCCUCCCCCCCUGGCCCCCACCCUUGAGCGGUGGGUGGGGACCAUAAAUUACAAUGGGGGGGACCUACUGUCCUCCCCACCCCUGCGUGGUGGGUGGGGGCCAUAAAUUACAAUGGGGGGGACCUACUGUCCUCCCCCCCGGCCCCCACCCUUGAGCGUGGGUGGGGGCCAUAAGGAUAAUGAGGGGGGGUACCUACUGUCCGGCCCCCACCCCUGGAUGGCGGGUGGGGGCCCUAAGACAAAUCCCUCUGACCCCCCAUCAAAGGUGACUAGGGGUCCCCAAGCCCAAAUGACACAAAGCACUCUGAUUGGAUGGAUUUCAAGCCACCCAAUCAGAGUGCUCUGUGUCAUUUUACACAGCGUGAGAAAGUUCUUUGGAAAUUUCCCACGCUGUGUAAAAUGAAAAGAGCAUUCUGAUUGGCUUAAACAAGCCAAUCAGAGUGUUCUUAGCCUAAAUGCAGGGCGGGGCAAGACUUUAUAAGCCUUCCCCCACCCUGCAGAGCUGUCUGCGUGGAGCCCUCCAUGAGUGAAGAUGGAUUAUUUUUUUGGCGCUCGGGUUUUUUCUUUUUCGUCAUGUUUUUUCUUUUUGCGCUCAGGUUUUUUAUUUUAUUUUAAGUUCGACGGGUAUGAUGGUUUUUUAUUUGUCCUUUUUUGGGGCUGAAAAAUGAAGAUUUUAGAAAAAAGAAGACGUCAAAUGGGAAGUUUAUUUUUUCUUUACAGGUUAGUUAUUUUAUUCCCCCCUCAGUAUUUUUUUAGGGUGAGGGGGGAAGGUAGGGGGUUACUUUUUUUGGGUGGGGGGGUGGGUGACUAGGGGCUUGGGGAUCCCUAGUCACCUUUGAUGGAGGGGGGAUUUGUCUUAGGUAGGUCCCCCCCCAUUGUAGUUUAUGGCCCCCACCCACCGCGCAGGGGUGGGGGCCGUGGGGGAGGAGGACAUAGGUCCCCCCCACCAUUGUAAUUUAUGGCCCCCACCGACCGCACAGAGGUGGUGGGAGGACAGUAGGUCCCCCCUCAUUAUCUUUAUGGCCCCCUUCCACCGCUUAGGGGUGGGGGCCGGGGGGGGAGGACUGUAGGUCCUCCCCAUUGUAAUUUAUGGCUCCCACCCAUCACGCAGGGGUGGGGCCGGGGGGAGGACAGUAGGUCUUCCCCCCCCCUCAUUAUCUUUAUGGCCCCCAUCCACCGCUCAAGGGUGGGGGCGGGGAGGACAAUAGGUUCCCCCCCCCCUUAUUGUUAUUUAUGGCCCUCACCCACUGCUCAAGGGUGGGGUCGGGGGGAGGACAGUAGGUCCUCCCCCCCACUUUAUGGCCCCCACCGCUCAAGGGUGGGGGAGAGGGGAGGACAGUAGGUCCCCCCAUUGUAAUUUAUGGCCCCCACCCACCGCACAGGAGUGGGGGCCGGGAGGGAGGACAAUAGGUCCCCCCCCCUUAUUGUUAUUUAGGGGCCCCCACCCGCCGCGCAGGGGUGGGGGCCGCAUAGUAGUUGUUUGUUUGUUUUACAGUGAGCAGCCAUGCCCCACUGUUUAGUAGACAUGCCCCUACUCAUAUUGACCCCAAUAGAGUGAGGGAGGACAUGGGGUUGGGCUUAGGAAGUGGCAGGGAGCACUGCUCCUUGUAAUAAACUAAACGAACACUGAUAUUGGGUGUUUGUUUGUUCAUCUGAUUUUCCUAUUCAUUCAUUUGUCUUUCUGACGAAUGAAUGAAUAGAUGAAAUUCCUGUUCGCAUGCCCAAGUGUUUCACUGGGCAUGUGCUGGAAUAUUACAGUCUGUCCAGUGUGGGCAGAUGACGUGUCCCACAUGGACUUCCUUUACCCACACAAAGUUGGCGGCGGCCUGAAUCUAGAUUGGGGCAGAAAAUAAAAUUAAAAAUAGGUAAUAUGAGGGGCUUAGGGACAUUUGGGGGUGGCUUGGGGGUCAGUUAGAUGUAGUGGAGUCGGGAGGGGGGUUAAAAAUAAACGGGGAUUCGGCCAUGACAAUGCCGCUUUAACCCUUCAAGGUAAGGUAAAGUUUUAUCUUGUGGGAUUAAACCUACAGGACCACUGUGGAGCGAAUUGGGCGGCAAAUUUUUAUUUGCCUAGAGCGGCAAAAAUCCUUGCAACGGCCUUGCGUGUAACUUAACAUAAUUUUAACUAGAUGCAUUCUCCAAAUUACUUCAUAUACCAACUAAAAAUCAAACCAACUUAGAAAGUAAUUUAAAAAAUAGGAUCGGAUAGUGGUACGGCGCUAAAUAUAAAAGUGAUGCAGUUAUAUCACCCGUAUAUCAAUCACUAGACAUUCACAAUAAUACAUCUAAAUACAAGAAUACCAAAUAAAGUAAAAGCACACACAAAGUGAAACAAUAUAUAAUAGAAUUACCCUUCUUUGUUAUGAGUAAUUCAAAUGUACAACUGGACAUUAUUUAGUAAUAUUGGCUCUAUUUGAUAGUAGUGGGUUGGCAGUAUCUCAAUCGACCAUCAAUUUAUGGAAGUGAUCGGUAUUCCCUUACAUAACUGUAUUCUGAAUUUUCCUCAGUACUCAAAUGUAUGUUAAGCGGUGAGACACGGACAGUAGGUGGUUAAAAUAAAGUACAGCAAAUUUAUUAAAGUGAAAGAGCUCCAAGACCAUAUUUGCGAAGCGCAGAUUGCAUAUAACCCUGGUGGAGACGGUCAAAUGUCUUCUUGGCGUCUAAUGUUAAGAGAAGGCUGGUUGCUUGCUUUAAAUUAGCUAUAGCUAUCAAAUUUCUAAAUCGUCUUGUAUUGUCUCUGUUCUGUUGUGUUGGUACAAAACCAGUCUGUACCUGGGACACUAGUUCUGGGAGAAUGGCAUUUAAUCCUGUAGGCCAGGAGCUUAGCAUAUACAUUUAUAUUGACAAUAAGCAAUUAGAUGGUUCGGAUCUUUAUCUGGUUUCAGUAAUUUUAUCAUAUGCGCCUCCAGCAUUUGCUAGCCAUGCAGUCUGCAUUUACAAACAUUUGUGAAAAAAUGGGUCGUUCUGAAAAGUCACUCUAUACAAGCGUGGUGUUGGGAUAGAAUCCCAGCUAGAUGUUCCAUGGUCAACUAUAAGUGAUAUUAUUGGAAAGUGGAAGCAUUUACAAACAGAAGAAACAUAGCCGCAAAGCGAAUGUCACAGAGCAGAGUCACAGAGUGCUGAGGAGCAUGAUGCCAGGGAGACUUCAGGUAACUAUAACUACUUCAGUGUGAUGAGGUUGUUAUAGGGCAUAGACUGUCCCUUUUAUUCUUGUGUUUCUACUAAAGUGCAAAUGAAUUAUGGGGCUAUUUCAUGAAAUUCUUGAAUGUGUAUUUUACUGUAGACUUUAUAAGCCUAAAUGUGGAGGAUGAGGAUGAAGAUGAUGAGCCCGUCCUUAUUGAAAGCAGCGCUGAAGUUGAUUCCCAGAAUUGUCUUCCUAUACAAACCAUGUUACCAGUGCAGCAUACUUCUCAAAGAAGGGAUGAAAACCAUUACGUGACUCAAUUAGAGUAUGGUAAAGUACUAUAUAUAUAUAUUAGACAUGAACACUGAAAUAACAAGCUCUACGAUACUAUAAAUUGGUUUUGUUUUUCUUAACCAGUAUUGGACAUAUGGAAGGUAGGGGAGGAGGGGGAGCGAGAGUAUGGGAUACAUGGAAUAGGACACAUGGAGGGGCUGUGGGGCAGAGGGAAUGAGGCACAUGGGGGGGCCUGGGUGUGGGAAUGAGACACCAAGGGGUGGGGGAAUGAAACACAGGGCAAUUUUCACACCGGAGCCCAGUGAAUUCUAGUUACGCCUCUGGCUGUACCUUUUAAUUAUUUUAUCUUGUGAAAUUUCCUGAGGCUUCAGUUCAGUCUGGCAAAGCCUAUAGUCAACAGCACACUCCUUUUAUAAGUGAGUUCUCAUUGACACAUGUUUUAUUGAAGACAAAACAACCAAACAACAUAUUAUUCACAAAUCUGUGAAGUCUGAUAACUUUGUACUUUGCUAAUCAUCUUCAAAAUGUGUUUUUAAAAAAACACACCCUAUAUUAUGAUAUACAUAUGAUAACUCAGUAGUCACAAAUAUUUCUCAUGUAAAGAAUUUAUUGUUUGUAUGCAUCCUAUUCCAUCAUUAUUUUCAGAGGGUGAAGAUGUAUCCUCGUUGAACAGAUCUGGAAUGCCACGUUUAAAGCAUUUGCCAAACAUCCAGAGUGAUAAUACUGAUGAAAUAGAAUACAGUUUUCCACAAAAACGCAAGAGAACUUCGUCUGGAUUGGUGAAUACAGUAUGUAUAAUUGAUAUCGCUUCUUACACACAGUACCCCAAGAUAUGUAAUUUAGUAUAUGCAAUAGGCUGGCUCCGAACAUUAACCUGCUAUAGUAACUUUCCAAAUUUAAUGUAGUUAACGGUUUAUUAUUUUGUGUUUGCAGGUAGGAUUACGGGGACAAGAAUAUGACAGCAAUUCAAAUGUCAUGUAUGAAUAUGAUGCAGAAUAUGAUGCUGUAAGUAACGUUCGUCUAAAAGAAAAGAAAACGUUCAUAAAAAAUGUAAAUGUAAAUUCAGAGCUCUCAGAAGUUAAAGAGGAGUAUGCUAUCUCUGCUUAGACGUCACAUAGACUCAGCCUGUUCCCUAACUAGAAACCAGCGACAGAGCUGCAGACCUCUAAGCUCUACUUCCUUCUCAUCACCAAUAAAAGUAGUCAGAAGGGAGGAAGAGAGUAUAAUUCAAGGGUGUGUUCAUAUCAGUUUGUGUGUUUAUGUGUGUGGUGUGUGUAUGUGUGUGUGUGUGUGUAUGUAUGUAUGUAUGUAUGUAUGUGUGUAUAUAUAUAUAUAUAUAUAUAUAAUUUUAUUAUUUAUAUAGAACCAGCAAGUUCCGUAGCGCUGUACAUAUACAAUGCUGAAAAUUUCCACUAGACAGGCCUAAAAGUUGCUUGCCAUCUUUAUUCUCAAUUUCAUUCAUGAUGCGUAUGCUGAUGUCUGCAUUUACUGAGCAACCUGACCUCCCACACUUUCAAGGCUAUUCAUUAAAAUAAAAAAUUCAAAUCAGAAAUAGUCACAUCUUGGCUAUUUUUGUUGCAAUUUUUUCAUUCAAAAUACAUCCUGUUACAAUAGGCUCUGCUGUUGAUUGAACAGAUUCCAGUAGCAGUAUUGCCUGCUCACAUUACUAGCCUACAAACUGUUAAUGUCAGUGUCCCUUCUGUGCCCCCAUGUCAUUGUUAGUUCUCUUCCUCAUCAAAAUCGGAGGCCAUUUCUGUUUUCCUUUUGAAAUAAAUUAACAAAAAAAAACACUUCGAAUCAAGGCUCAUUAAAGCAGCAUUUGGGUACUGGUGGGUUAAUAGAUAUGUAAAACUUUUUUUAUUUUAAAUUUGAUAUUUAGUAAAUAUCCUUAUGCUCAGUAGCCACAAUGACCAGAAUAAUGCACAUAGAGAUUUUUUUUGGAUUCAUUCAUUAAACCUUGCAUUGUACAUACUUAGAAGUUGAAUGGGGAAAUUGAAGCAAAAAUAGCUCAUGUGGAAAAAAUUUCUCCAACAAUUCUACAGUUUGGCUAUUUUAGCCACAGUUUUGCAUUUCCGAUUUUAGCGAAUAAACCCCACAUACACAAUGAUUUUAAAGUGGAGACAUCUAAGGAAGUAUGAGUUGACUUCUAAUUGAUCAGAGAUCAGAUAUAUAACAUAUGGAAGGUUAAAAGAGGAAUGAGAACAUGGUCAUGGCUGAGAGACUAGCAACACAAAAUUAAUACAAUAACAAAAUAAUAAAAACCAGAGUCUCCCAUGUACUCAGGCUACAGCCACUGUUAAAUUAAAAUGUCUUCUUUCCAGAAGCCCAGACAAUAAUUUGAAAGGCUGCAGGCCGCAUUUCCCAAUCACAGAGCCCAAAUGUCCUCUCGCCAAACGCGGGAGGGGGGGUGAGUGGUAAUUUAGAAUGAUUGUUUGCCACUCGCCUAAUAGCAGUGAACUUUUGAAAAGUCAGCCCUGGCGAUUGGAAAUUCAGCCGUAGAUUUCCCAUGAAUCCACUAGCGUCAGUUCUCUUUUAAAAACAGCUGGUUACUGUAACAAUGGACACACACUUCAUAUCUGUGAGCCACAGAAAUCACGUUAGAUAAUAGAGCUGGGCAUUGGCAAUUUAGCGCUCUGUAAACAUGAUCGCACUCUCAUGUAACUCAGGCACUGUGCAGGGAGUUCUGAUCUGUAACAUACAGCCUGCACACCUCGAAUACAAUCUUACACAAGUGUGGGGGAGAGAGAUCACAAGUAAAUUCCUGUAUCUCCUCCUCUUCACAUGUAUAGAUGUGCAGAUACACUUAAAAAAAGGUAAGCGUUAAUAAUCUACUGGUCCCCUAACUUCACUUCACUGUGAUUGGCUUUUAACUCAUGUAUUACACAAUCACACUGGUGUAUACACAUUGUGGUAGCCAAGUUGCUUGCAAAUGUUUUCUGAAAAGCUAUUUCCAUUUCUGUUUUUUUUUAUUUUUUAUUUCUUUAACCUUUGCUGCCUCUUCCUAACCUUUGAUUUCAUUGCCCAAAGGCAGCUGCACAAGAUAUCCUGCAACACCUAGCAUGCACCAGCUUGCUUAGAAUGAUCAGAUACUACAAAAGUAAUUUUGGGGAAGGGUGGCUGUGCAUUCUGUCCUUUCAAUUCACAGAAGUUACGUACUACGACUUGUAGUUGAGAGUACCUUUUAGCUCUGGCUAGUAGCAUAUAAUUGCAUAUAUAUAUAUAUGGUAUGUGUCUUUGUAUUAGGGUUUGUUUAUGUAUGUAUGUUUUUGUAUGAAUGACUGUUUAACUUUGUGAGUUGUGUUUGCUAAGUGCAUAUGAUAAUGUUUUAUGUAAAUAUGAUUAUCUGAGACAGUGAAACUUGAUUAAUUCAUGUAUUAAAGAUGACUGUAUUUUAAUACAUUCUUCUGUUGUUAUACAUAAAGUGCAAAGAUAUGAAGAGGGUGGAACAAAAAAAAUAGGUCUAUUCAGAUGUAGCACAUGUCCAAUAUCUUAUCAAUGAUGACACUAUCUCAUGGUUUGUGGCACUUGGUAUAUAUUGGCAACUGAAAUAAUUAACAAUGUUAUUUUAUCUUGCAGGCGAGUGUCAUGUCAGAGAGUUCUUACACUGGAGAUCAACAGAGAAUUCUUGCAGAGGUCCUUAACUACUGCCAGGUGAUCAAAUCUGUUCUCCACAUAAAAAAAUAGUCACCAGAACAAAAUAAUACAUUUUCACAUUGAUGUAAACAUGUAUCAGCUUUGUCAUCUUCUACAAAAAUCAUCUUUGCUUUGAUGUGUGUUUAGAAUGUGUGUCUAAAGUGUGAACAGUUCUUUCAAGAUCUCUGGUUCUGUAGAGUGACAUCAGACCCAUUAUAUACAUUCAAAGUAAAAUGUAUUGCAACAUCAUUUUGGUACACUUGAGCAGACAUAAGGAACAAAGGUGUUUUGUAAUCCUUGUUUUGCCAGUUAUUGUAAUUUUUUUAUACAUACACUUCCCAUGUGAUAUUAUACCUAGAAACACCAGCACUUUCUCAUUGAAAAUGGAGGUUCUUGACAUGACGAGGAAGAAAGGAAGGAAGGAAAACAAUAUUUGCUUUGGAGAACUUUAAAUAUGUUCAAGGUUUUAAUAAAAUUCAAUAUGAAAGCAAUUUAUUUUUCUAGAGCAAAGGGGAUUGAUUUUAAGGGUGAGAUUGGAAGAUGGAGGAUAAAUGUGUGAAAAGGCUACAUAUUGGAUCAUAGAUGCCCGGAAUUGAGUUCCAGUUGAGUUUCCUGGGGCUAACAUUGUUAAGAAAUGUAAAAGUUCUCUCGGUUAUGCAUAAGGAUACCCUGAAAAAUGAAAACAAUGACGUUUUAUGUACAUUGAUAGUUGCUAGACUGGACAUACUAAUCUGUCAUGCUAAUCAGUGUUUCUAAAAACAAUCCUGCGUAUAUGAAUGUCCUGUUUUUUAAACAUUUCCUUUAAAAAAAGAGAAUAUAUCUUUACUAUCUUUAGUUAGCCGAUAUCCCCUGUUUUAAAUUGCUGUCUUUAGGGAGGCUUUGACAAUUCUUGAUCAAUAGAAGCGUUAGUUGCUGUUUGGUACUGCCUUAUUAUGACUUAAAGAAUAAAAAAAAAAUUUUUUUUAUCAUGUACCGAGCAAGAAAGUAUGCUUUGGGCACUGGGAAACCCCCCUAGAAAAACAGCAUGAAAAAAACUUUUUUUUUUUUAAAUACAUUUUUUUUUUUUGUUUUUAUUGAACACAACUUUAAACAAGAUAAUAACAGAUAGACAGUUCAUAAUACUAUGCAAGCAGAAAGUGAAGCAUGACCGAAUCUGUUCUGCAUUGCCAAAAGGGAUGGUCCUUUUAGCUAUGUUGGCUAUGUUGGUGGUAAUAUUGUGCUAAUGCCCCUUAAUUAAGAGUGCAAAUUAUUAGUAUAAACUAUACACUGGUAAAUAUAACUAAACAGGUUCAAGCCUUUUAAAAUAUUUUUAACCUGAUUCAUUUCAGAACUAAUGUCCUUGUACAUUUAUUAUGAUAGGCCAUGUAUGACAUAGUUCAGAAAUUGGAUAAGAAAAUGGACGUGCUCCAGAGAAAAGUUUCAGAUAUGCACCAUGUUCGACUUAGACCUGUAAGUAAAUGUUAAAAUCUGUCUUGUAUAACGAUGUGACAUCAUUUGAUGGUCAAGUUAUUUAAAAUGGGACUAUAAAUUGAAAACAAAAAUCUAUAUUUUUAUAGCCAUAAAAAGGGAAACUUGGUUUCAUUUGACAUUUCCAUGUUGAUAUUUUGACUAAUUCAUAAAACUUUAUUUACUGCAAACAUUUUUGUGAAAUUAAAUCAAAUUAUUCUUUAAUUUCAUAUCUCAGCUAUCACAAUGUGUAGACACUAAAAUAUUUUGAAUUGGAUUCUGUGGUAUUAGGUCGUGUUCUGGCUUUUUUGCUUUUUUUUUUUUUAUCUAAACUUUUUAAACCCAAUUUUUCAUUCAUGGAGAAAAAUUCUAUCAAAGUGAGCUUACAGAGAAUGAAAAACUCCUGGAUUUUAUUUUUGACACAGAGGCAUCAAAUCCUAACACACUUUUAUACCAUGUAUUAUCUAACGAUAUGAAAAUGCAGGGUAGAUGCUUUUAUUCAUUAUCUUACUAGCUGCUUGCAUACACUAUAAAAUCAUACCAUGCAAAACCAAAUUUCUUGAUCAUUCAAGUAUAAAUUUGAUAGAAUAUAAUAAUAUGCACAAUUGAAGGUGGCAAUGCAUAAAAUAGGUGGACUAAUGAUGACCAUCCUCUCUGAUAGAGAGAGAUAAACUGAAAUAAAAUUGUUGACAAUGUUAUAAUUAAUGUUUUUUAAUUAUUUUUUGCUAAUAUUUUUAAUAUGUGCACAGAGACCGUUUGUCCCUCCACACAGAAGUUCACCUCUUUCAGCUCAGUUCAAAAUUAGGCAACAUAAAUUAAACCAAAGAGUACUGAGUCCACAUGUGCCACCCCCUCCACAAGGAUAUCAUCCACCUCCACUAGGGAUGAAGGUAGUAAGAAACAUACGACUACAGCCUUCCACCUCAUUUAAACUCGCUCAUGCAAGAUCUCAGUCUAUUGAACCCCAACAGAGAAGUCCUCCUCUCCCCACUAUAAUCUCUACGCACUCUCUGCAGACUUCUUUUUCUGUGUCAGACACCCAGAAUAACAAUUCACAAGAUGUAGUUGAGGUCUUACCUGAAAGCACUUUCGUUUCAUCACCAAUUAUAAGUGCAUCAGUGGCACCUCCUAUUAUUAGACAGACGACAUCUGAAGCAAAUUUCAAAGAAGAGGACCCACUUCCCACAACCCGUGUGGCUUCACCUGGAGGCAUAAUUAUGAGUGAGGAACAACCUUCAUCUUCCGUUCCAAGUAUUGCUGGAUAUGGUGAGUUACAAUAAUCUUGUUUUGUUAGUUCUUGCUUUACUUAAAUUUGUUUUUUAUAGUAAUUUAUUUAUUUAUGCUUUAUUUAAAGGGAUUUUGUGAGGCCAUGCUUGUAAAUAUCUGAAAGAAUGUUAUAUUUGCUUUAAAAUUAAGUGCUAUUUUAAAAUACACUAAUUUUAUGAUCUCUUUUUAUAUCUCUUAAUUUUAGAGUUCCUUGGAAACCCAGCUCGAAACAUAAAAAUUCCUGGAAGUUAUUUAAUGAAAGCAAGACAGAAGACAAAGCCAAAGUAUUCAGCACGAUAUUUGUUUCGUAUUUUGUUCUCUAAAGAGACAUUAAUAGGCUGUGCCACAGGAACGAAUGCAGAGAGUAUGAGCUCUCUUGAUGUCAAUAUUGUUUCAGCAGUAAGAGGUAUGCAGGCAGCUGAGCAAUGACUGGAGUUUAUUGACUGUUGCAAUUGUGACAAACUAGCAUGUUGCCUUGCCUUGAAAAUCCCUGGUCCAGGGAGGCUCUUAGUUUCGUUUAGCAUGCCUCAGCGGUCUUGAGGAAACCUUCCACAAUGGUGUUUAUUUUUGAAAUACAGGAUAUAAAUAAAGCUAAUGGUUAGAACAGGUAAACAAUUUCUUCCAGUGAGGCAGUUACAUAAGUUACAUAGGCCUCAGGGGGCAAAAGUGAGGACUUCUCUAAUGCAGGAUUAAGGGAAGGGAGUGAUGCAAAUGCAAAGCCAUCGAGAAGGGUAGAGGUCCUGUGUGUGAACUUAUUCUGGCUGAGAGUACAUAUCUUUUUGGUAUAAAAGCUACUAAAGUUUUUAGAGGUCAAUUUAUAGAGUAAAAAUGUAUAUCACACAUAUGACUCUUGUUACGCAGGGAUAGGGGGUUUCUAUACGAUCAAACAACUGCCAAAAUUUUGUAUAUUAUAUAUAAAAGAUGAGCACAACUAUUAAGAGCUUAGGAGAUGUGGCUGACUUUAACUAAUUGCAAAAUGCUGAAAAGCUCAGAUUUUAGGAUAAAUGUAUAGGAAUAAAUCACAUUUAAUCUAAAGUGGCUUUGUACGGCAUGUUUUCUCUCCUUUAUUUUUGUCGUCAAACUAUGUAUGACUAAAAACUUAACACAAAUAAAUAUUGUAAAAAAAUAAUUAAAAUAUAAAAUGAGGGAGCGUUAACACCUGCUGUGGUGGAAGAAAAAGGAAAAAGUAUAGAGGUAUACUCAUGUCCUGGGUCCCAUGUCUUAUGGAAGGAGGGAAUGGUACUGCGGACUAUAGCCGUAAGUUUAUCCAUUAAAUAACUGUCAGCGACCUUAGCAAUGACCUCCCCAAUUAAAGGGGUCCCAUCCCUGAACCGUACUGCAGCAAGAGACCUUUGAGCUGCCAUUUUGAUAAGAUCUUCAUAAACACAAAAGGGUAAGAUCAGCAAUUCCCACUUUAGUGAAUAACACUACAUUUCAAGUUACUAUGGACAUCCUACCCAGAAAUGUUUUUAACCUGUAAUUGUACUGAAAAAUAUAUAAUUCUUUAUUGUAAAUGUGCAUGCUGAAUAUGUAAGCAGUAGAUACAAAACAUCCCCUUAGCUGAGGAUAAACACCACAAUUAGGGCAGUGAUAAGUUAAUGUAACCCGUUUACUCUGGCUUUGUGGGCCUGGAUGAUCGUCUUUUUAAAAAAAAAAUUUUUUUUUUUUUUUUACAGAGUUCUUAACAUCUACUUUCCCAGAAUGUGAUCUCUGUGAACAUGGAAAAGACUGGAAAACCUGCAUCACAAACAUUAACUCCAUGAUUCGCACUUUACAAGCAGAAGACAAGACCAUCACAGUAAGUCACACAAAAUUAAGCUUCAGUAAAGGGAAACUAUAGAAUAUUUAAAUCUGAUCACUAGCACACUGGUGAAUAAUUAUAAGUUAGAAAUGUGUAUCUCCUGCUCUGUAAAUUGAACUUUGAUUACACACAUGAGGCUCCUACAAACUCUAGCAGGCCAAUAGAGCAGGACAGGAGAUCCGAAAUUCUAAAUUAAACAGAAUGUGCAAUAAAGGAAGCAUAAACAUUAGAUUUCUCUUUACAGGAAGUGUUUAGGAAGGCUUUGCAAGACACAUGCAGGGAGGUGUGACUAGGACAGCAUAAACAAAGCGAUCUACAUCUAAAUUUCAGAGAAUUGAGCAAUGAGACUUCUGGGACAUGAGCUAUACACCAAAACUGCUUUAUUAAGUUAACGUUGUUUUGAUGCCUACAGUGUCCUUUUUACGCUAAAGCUGUGUGUUGUUUAUACUAUCCAUUUAAAUACAUAUUUUAUUUUGAAGGCAAAAAUUUAUCCAAAUCAGACAGCUCAUCAAAAGACUGAAGAAUCAAUUUGUGUGGAUUCUGAUGCUGAAGAAGGUGAAAAAGUCUCAAUGUUUACAGAGGUUCUUGAAAAACCGCACGAAACAACUGCUUCUGCUACAAUACAACCAAACACCACAGCUACUACAACAGUAGACCAGCAAUAUGACAAUGGACUGGAACACAUUUUACCAGGGUCUUUAUCAAAGCAACAACCCUAUGAUCCUCUGGGUAAUUUCCUUGACCAGAAAAAUUUAAUUGACUUACUUUACUAUUUUAAAAUGAUAGCAGGGCUGUAGAGUUUAUAUUUUCCAUGAUCUGUUUGUUUUUCUACUAGAACAAUUUGGUGAAGUCGGGAGGAACGUCCAGUUACCAUUCUCUGUUAUUUAUAUUGCAAAGGGGAAGUCUCGUCCAGAGCUCUCUGCCAGAUAUCUUAUAAGACAUCUCUUUACGGAAGAUGUGCUUGUGAAGAGCAAUGUCUAUGGGAAUCUGGAACGUGGUGUGCUUCCAUUGGAUAGCAACAAAAUGAGUGCUUUAAGAGGUAUAUGUAUUUUUAAAAUGUAUAAUCUUAGUAUACACAUACUGAGGGUAGGAUCAAUAUUGCUAGAAUUAAUUAACUGUGAACACCAUAGUAGCUAUCAUACAGUUGAAUAUUCACUAAAUGCUGAGCCGCAACUAAAUAUCAGGCAAGUGCUGAUUAGCUGUUACAUUUUAGCUGUUUUAACCCACUUGGCUAUGCAUGUCAAGUUAAAUUUGUUUCUAUCAACUUAAUUUGCAUUUCCAUUUAGGGGCACUGUGGUGCCUGUUUAAAUAAGCUGAAUCUCAAUAUAACUUGGCUAAUUGAGUUAUUCACGAAGAGCCACAUCCCCUUUGUUCAUUUGGUUAGUUCCCAUAAUAAGGACCAGAGGAAUUCCACUCAUAGCGCUAAGUCUCCCUAACGCUACCCCAAACAACCUUUAAUCCUAUAUUGAUAUCCAGUCCUAAAUCCACAUGGACUCAUCUCCUGUACAGUAUCAGCUGAGAUCAUGCAAUGUUCCCUCAUUUCCCUAAGUUGAAACAAUUAGAAGGAAUCCUGUCAAUAGCUGGGUUUGAAUGUAGAGCUGAAAAUUUAAAUAAUUUUUAAAAUGGCAGUUUCCAUUACCUGGUUUAUUUAGCAGUAAAUACACAAAACCUUUCAUAGGAAUAGUGUUUACUGGGAUGCAUACACAAAAAUACAUCAACUAAAGAUACGUGACAGUUCCUCGCUAAUGCUAAACACUGCUUUUACCUGUAAUUCUAGACUUUUAUAACUUAUCUAAAUUAUAGUUGCUUUAUUUCAAAGUUAUUAUCACAUAAAUAAGUUUCAGUCCUAUUUUCUGAAGUUUAUCAUUUUCCUCCACCUUUAAUCUCCAGACUUUCUUCAAGAGAACUACCCAUCUUUUGAUCUGAAGGAAUCUGGCUAUGACUGGAAAGCAUGUGUUGCUGCCAUAAACAGUACCAUUCGAAGUCUCCGCCAUGACCAGAAAAAAACAGCAUUACAAACUCACAAGAAGAUCCCAUAUCCAAUACCUAAGAAGUGAGGCAUGAGUCAAAUCUCAUAUGAAUCAUCACACAGUUGAUUUGAAAUCUUGUUUAGUUUUUACUGCUGAUUUUGGUGCUAUCUGUACAUCUUGAUGUUGUCUACCGGCCAGGAUUUAAAAGCGAUCUUCGAUCUUUCAUUCAGAUACACAGUGUCAUGUCCACAUCUUCAUAAUGCAACAUCUGAGUCACAAGUGGUCGCAAUAUAUCAAAUAAAGCAGUGUCUAGCCAAUCCCCAGGAGCUACCGUUCCAAAGAAUCUUACAACUGACUUCUAACUUUUUAAACAUAUAUAUUUAAUAUCUUUAUGAUUGUACCACUUUUCUGGGUUCUUGGAUAAACACUUUUGGUUCCAAACAAUGUUUCCAAAACUCUAUAAAUAUGGGUCAACCAAUAAAUUAAAAGGAACAUUCACAAUGAAGGUACAUAUUCAAACAUUAAUCUGUCUUGAAUCAUAUCUAUGCCUUUCUGCCGAUAAUCUUUUAAAACCAAUUAAUGGUGGAAGAACAAAAAAACUAUGACUUCAGCUUUGUUCUGGAAAGAUUUGUCCCAUAUAUAUCAAAAGUAAACGUGUGCAGGAUUGUUGCCUGCAAAAUGGACAUGCCAGAGAUGUGCCUAUGUGUUUUUCUACUGAGAGAUUUUUUUUUUACACUAACGGAGCACCACCAUUAAUAUUUGUUUUAAUGAAAACUUAUUUUCUCAAGAUGAAGUGAGUGUAUGCUACUGAUUAAUUUUGGAAGUCUGAAGAAUGUGCAUUGACAACAGAUUGCAAACUGUGUAAGAAUACUGCACAGUACAAAAUCAUUUGGUAUUGGAAGAAAUAUUAUUACAACACAGACUGUCUUCAUUUAAAAUUACUUGAUCACCUAUUAACUUAUCACGUGUGAUAACAGAGCAAAAUGAUAACCAUUACUUACUGUGAUAGAGUUGUGGUCAGUAAGCAGGUAUUAAUUUAUGCACAGCUAUUAACUUUUUAAGGGGUGCUCCAAAAAGCUAAACCGUUAGAAAAACACUUAAAUUUGUAUUUCUAAUAUUAACGCUCCUUCAAGCAGGAAAUGGUGGAUAAAAUAACAAUUAAAAUGUGGAUAUCUGUCAUUGCAAGAAAGCUUUUGCCUGGUACUUGAGCAGUCAACUAAUUAACAAGCACCCAAAUCAAGAUAUUACAGCAACAAAAUUAACUUCUUUGUUAAACAUGGCUCAAUAGCUUUUCCUACAGAGGCCAUAUAAGGAUAUUUACAUAGUAAUUUAGGUUGUAAGUCCAAAGAGAUCAACCUUUAAAACUCAUCAUUAAAUAUUCAUUUAAAAAAAAAAAAAAAGAAAAUCCAGGCCUUUAAAAAAAUAAAUGUAUAUUUAUAGAAUCUAACAAGUUAUUUUGGCAUAGAAUUCCACAUCUUUAUUGGUCUUACUGUAAAGAACCAUUUCCUCUGCUGUAAGUGAAAACUCCCUUUUUCCAGUCUCGAUGGAUGACCUGUUGUCUGUUAUAAAUUCCUGCUAAUGAACAGGUUAGCGCAUAUCGUUUUGUACUGACCCUGUUCUCUAAAGAAAAUAAAUGUUUAUUUUUCUAGCCUUUCUUCAUAACUGUUUUCCAAACCCCCUUAUUGAUUUUGUAGCUCGCCUCUGCAUUUAUUCUAGUUCUGCAAUAUCCUUCUUUAAAACUGCCUAAAAAUUGCACUGAAUAUUGAUGAUAUAGGUGAGGUCUUACCACUGAUGUUAUACACGGCGACACCUUAAAAAAUACGUUUCAACUGAUCCAUUAGGUGUGAAAGAUAUAUUAAAGGGACACUGUAGUUUAAUGUAGUUGGUCUGGUGAGUAUAGUCAGUUCCUUCAGAAUUUUUGCAGUAAACACUGUAUUUUCAGAGACACAGCCAUUUAAGUUUUUUCAAAUUUUACAUUUUUACGCUGUGUCCAUACCCCACUUUGGAGGUUUUUUUUGUAGGUUAAUUAUUCCAGCGACCCCAUAAAGGCAUACCAUUUCAUAAAGAAGACACCCUAGGGUAUUUCAAAAGACGUGUUUUGAACAUUAGCGUGAAAUAAUUUUUCCGCUAGCUUAUACCAAGUGUAGUGGUAAUAAGCAUUUUUUAUGCAUUUUUGACAUACUUAAUGAGUUUGUAAUAUAUAUUUUGCAAACCUUAUAUAUGCUACAGCAGUAUAAUACAUCAUAUGUUGCUCCGCUAUGUCAUCUGAGUACAGCAAUACCCCCAUAUGUACCUUUACCAGGUACAUGACAACGUUGAAGAGGCACAUUUGAGACAUAGCCAUUUAAGUUUGAAUUUUCACGCUGGGUCCAUGCCCCACUUUGGAAUUUGUUUAAUAGGUUGUGUUUUCCAAUUACUUCACAAAGGCAUACCAUUUCCUAAAGAAGACACCCCAGGGUGUUUCAAAAGGCAUAUUUGAAACCUUAGCGUGGUAUCAUUUUUUUGCUAGCCUGUACCAAGUGUAGAGGUAAUACACAUCUUCCCCCUUUUAAAAAUGUUUUUUUAAAUUUUUAAAAGUUUAACUUUUAAAAAGUUUUAUUUAGCUUUUAAGAACUUAUUUUACUAUUUUAAAACUUUGUUUCAACUUUUCAAAAGUAUUUUUUUACUUUUAAUUGUUUUUUUUUUAUUUUUAACCCCUAACUAGCCUAACUGUAAAUCCCCCAAUUUCCCCACUAACUUCUAUCCACCCUAGCUAAAUAAAUAAAUUUUAAAAUAUUUAAAAUAAUUAAAUACAUUUCACCCCUGAUGAUUAAAAAAAAUUAAAAUUAACCCUCAGGUGUAAAAAAAAAACAGAUCACAGUGAAAUACUGUGAUCUGUAUUUUGAUCACUGCAGGCAGUGAUCAAAGGGCAGGGAAGGGGUUAAAUUUUAUUUGAAAGAGGUGAGUUCACAGCUCUCACAGAGAUGCAGGGAAACAGAUCGGGUUUCACUGCAGCACAUGUGAUCGCUCUAACUCCCAGUCAGAGCGAUCACAUGGGCUGAAUCAGUGAAACUGCCCAUGGUAGUGUGCCUCCGAUAUGGAGACACACUACAGGAAGAUUAACCCCACGAUUGCCGCGAUUGUGGCAAUCGGGUUAAUUUUCAUUUUGGAUGGAAAUUUUCCAUCCAGCGUCCUUAAGGGGAGUGCUGCAAUGCCGGAAAAUGUCCGUCCAGCGUCCUUAAGGGGUUAAAUACUAUGUGGUUUCACCUCAUUUAACUGAAAUUUGAUUUGUGCAUAGUCUACAAAAUCAAAUGAUAGCAUUCGACUUCUAAUAUAUUGCAGGGAUAUUCUGCAUGUUUUUAAAAAUAAUUUUCUAAUAUUAAAUUAUAUUUGUUUUUGUUUAACAUGUUAGGAAUAUAUAAAAUGUAUGUCUGUUUGUUGUUUGUUUAUUAUUUUGUAUUUUUAAUUAAGGCGACACAAUAAUCGCCAGAAUGACAGUUUUUCUGGUGUGUGUAACAUGCCCCUGCACGUUUUUUAAUGUAAACACUGCCUUUUCAGAGAAAAGGCAGUGUAUACAAUACUGCCCAGGCAAUCACUCAUAUGGUCACUCAAGCAUUUGGCUCCCGGGGCAGAUCUUAUAUCUGGCACCCCUGCCCGCCCCUCCCUGUCUCUUACCUGCACCCCCUCCCUGACUCUUAUCUGUCCUACCCCUCUCUGACUUUUACCUGCCCCCCCUACCUGUUUCUUACCUGCCCCCCCUCUCUGACUCUUGUCUGUUCCCCCCUCCCUGACUCUUACCUGUGUCCAGGGAGGGGGGACACACUACAUUUCCUGGUGGUCCAGUGGCACAGCAUAGGUCCCUGAUGGUCCAGUGGCACAGCAUCUGUCCUUGGUGGUCCAGUGGCACAGCAUAGGGGUCCAGGAGUGUCCAUCUUUUAUCCACCUCUAACAGCAGCAGGUCCUCUGUUGUUGUGAUCUGUGAGAAUGUUGACACGGGUUGCUAUGGCAACCUGCGGCAACGCUCUCACGGAUCGCGAGAAUAGAGGUCCUGCUGCUGCUGGAUCUGAAACAAGCGUGGAGACUCCUGUAAGCAGCCUGGCCCUAUCAAAGUGCACCCCUCCUAGUGAGUGGCACCCAACGCGGACCGCCCCCUCCACUCCCUCCUUAGUACGCCACUGACCAGAGGUGGUUGGUUCCUGGAGCAGAGCUGCAUUAUGUACAGCACUGAUGUUUAAUGUCUCCACACUCUGCAUCAGGCACUGAAUGUUCCCCAUAGAGAUGCAUUGAAUCAUGUUAUUCACACAUGCGCAGUAGCCUCACAAUGCUUUUGGGAAAGGAUUAGAUUGGCCGAGAUCAUCAAAUUAAAUUAUCUCAUCCAAGGAGGUGGAACGGGGUGAAGCCAGCGUCACUAGAAUGAAGGUGAGUUUAAUAACUUUUAAAAUCAGGAGAGGGGGCACACAUGUAAACGGCACAUUUAAAACUAUAGAGUUCCUUUAAACUUUUUGUUUCAUAGGAUGCUAACGUUACUGUUAAACAAAAGUAGCAAACAUUUGUAAAAUAUUACUUUUGAACACUUGUAAUUUCAUAUAUAUAUUGUGUAUUUAUAUGAAAACUUAUACCACAUGGAAUGUACUUAUGGGAUAUUCUGAUUUGCAUCCCCUGAUCUAGAGGUAGCUAGAAAUAAAAGCAGCAGGAAGAAUAGUAAUAGUUUCAUUAUUGGAGCAAGAUUGUCGUAAUUUCUAAUUUUCAUUUUAUCAAAGAUUUACAAUGUUUAAAUAUAUUUGUAAAUAUUACAGAAUGAUCCAUUGUACAGUAGAGAUAUGUACAAGCUGUUGAUUUAUUUUAAAACAAAUGCUAUAUUUUAAGCACAGGCCAUUUCUACGUUAUUCACUUUUAAAUAAAAAAACAAUAAAUUGCAAGUUACAUUUGAGUUUAAACCCUGUCGUUUUGCAAAAUGUGUAACUUAAGUGUUCAUCGUGAUUACAAAAUAAAUAUAUAUACCUUAAAAGAACACUCCAGUUCCCAAAAUAACUUUAAAUGGAGGCGAUUAUGGGGGCUGGAGGUCCUGGGCAGCCAGUGAUAGUCAUAUUGUGCUAGGAGUGAACUUGAUUGUGCUGUCAAUUGCUAAAACUUUAAUAAACAUUUAAAAGAAAACACAGCGUCACAUGACAAACGGGGUUAACACAAGUUCUAUUGAUUUUUUCAAUAUUUUUUGCAGUGUUGAAAUUCCAGAAAAGUGAGGCUUUAACCAAUGCAUUAGCUCAUCAAAAUCACUUCCCUUAUAAUAUUUUUUGAAUAAAAAAUAUGUUGACUGCUGUAAAAAGGAUACAAAUUGUUUCUUUAUUACCUCCACUAAAGUUUAUGAAUUUGCCACAUUUUUAACUUAUGAUAAAAUACAACUUGCAAGUAUUUUUGUAUUUGUUCUACUGUUGAUAUGAAAAAUCCUAAAAUAUGUUUUAGCAGGUGUUUUUAUUUUUAAAGCUAAUAAAAUUUGAUGUGCAAUUU